CGUCACUUCCUGGAUGUGAGAGAUCAAAAUGAAGCUGACUUGUUUUCAUCAACAACAAGAAAAUAAAGUCGAUAUUUAAGGGCCCAUUUGAAAAGAAACAGGAUACAUUAAGUGGUCACUGUGGUUAAAGAACGGCCUCUUUAGAGUUUAGGGGCAGAACCAUGGAGUCACCAGAAGACCUAGAGGGCCGCUCUUUUGUGGAGGUGAUCAUAGAAAAGUACAGCCCUGAGAAUUUUCCCUAUCGCAGAGGUCCCGGGAUGGGAGUGGUCAUGAUAGCCACGCCUCAAGGAUCUCCUAUGAAAGAUCGCCUUAACUUGCCGAGCGUGCUGGUGUUAAACAGCUGUGGCAUCAGUCGAGCCGGAGACCAAACAGAGAUCGCUGCUUUCUGUGCUCAUGUGAUGGAGCUGGACUUGUCUCACAACAAUCUGCAGAACUGGCAUGAGAUCAGUAAAAUAGUAUCCAACAUUCCCAACUUGGACUUCCUGAACUUGAGCUCCAACCCUUUGGUUGGAGUCUCUCUGGACCCUCAGUGCGUCGAGGCCUUCGCAGGAGUCCGGCGGCUCGUGCUCAACAACACCCGGGUGUCCUGGGACACUGUGCUGCAGCUCACACAGGAGCUGCCCGACCUGGAGGAGUUGUUCUUGUGCCUUAACGAGUACAGCCGUGUGCACGCCCCCCGCGCCCCCUGCCCCUCUUUGCGCCUGCUCCACAUCACCGACAACAGCCUCCACGACUGGGCCGAAGUCCGUAAGAUUGGCUCCAUGUUCCCCAGCCUGGACACUCUGGUCAUGGCCAACAACAACUUAGCCUCAAUUCAGGACAACAAAGAGAUUCUCCAGCGGCUUUUCCCAAAUCUACGCAGCAUCAACCUGCACAACUCAGGUCUAAAUCGAUGGGAGGACAUAGAAAAACUCAAUUUCUUCCCAAAGCUGGAGGAGGUUCGGCUGCAGGGAAUUCCUUUAUUACAAACGUACACCAACGCAGAGCGACGUAGCCUUAUGAUUGCACAGUUGCCUGGUAUUUCCACACUAAACGGCAGUGUGGUCAGUGACAGCGAGCGAGAGGACGCAGAGAGGUUCUUCAUUCGUUACUACGUGGACUGUCCUGAGGAGGAGCUGCCCUGCAGAUACCAUUGUCUGGUCACUAAGUACGGGAAGCUGGAGCCGCUCGUUGAGGUUGACCUUCGACCCCGCUAUCGUGCUCAGGUGGAGGUGCACUGUGACGAGAAGGUGGAGCAGGUGAACAUCCGUUUGGACCAGACAGUGGCAGAAUUGAAGAAGCAGCUGACCACAGUGGUACAACUCUCUGCAAACAGCAUGAGACUUUACUACAUCGACAAGAACAGCGCCUUUGGUCCAGAGGAGAUGAAGUACAACACACGGGCCCUCCACUCCUACAGCAUCCAGGACGGAGGCGAGAUCCUGGUGGUGCCCAAAAAGAACAUGAAGCAGUCACAACAACCAACCAGCCAAUAACAGCCUGUCUGGAGUCCGGACCAGUGUCGUCUAAUCUGCUGAAGACGUGUUACGAGUGAAAAUGUCUCAUGUGUCAGUGUAGAGACUGUGUGACAGAAUAUGCACGUCGUUUCUUAAGUUUAAUUUUUUCCUUUGUGCUUCGUGUUUUGGGAAAGUUGCGUUAGAUUUAUGAAAGUGACAUAUUUGAAGUGAGGUUGCUGCUUUUUGUAUUGUCUAAUUUACUUGUUUACUAAUCAUAAAGCUUGAAAUUUAGCGUAAAAUCCCAAUGAGAGUAUUCUGAAAGAGCACAGCUUUCAUGAUUUCAUGCAAACACAUUGAUGGUACUAAAAGGGCAGUGACUAAAUAUCAAAACAACCGAUUAGAUGUUUUACAGUAUUGAUUUUAAAAUUGUUGUGGCAUUGUACAGAGAGAGAAAUGUCUUGUUAUUAUUUAUUAUUGCUGAAAUCUCACUCAUAUCUCAUAUACCUUGCCCAAAGCACAUUCUGUUUAAAAGCACCAUGUAAAAUCAAUAGCAAUUACCUGCCACUAUAACUUAAUUGCCUCGCUUGCCUAUAAUGUCUUGUCUGAGUGCACAAAUGGUUAUAACUUUGGUCAUUUUCUAGCACCACUCACUAGAACCUAAGCUAAUCAAUCCACUCAAUAACAUGUCAUAUCCCAUCACGUGUAACUGAAUUGUCUGUUUUGAGAGUAUGAGACGAGAUAAUAAAUGAAUAC